AUGUCCAUGGUCAAGAGCCUCUCCGAGAAGUGCCAGACAACCAAGUUCGAUCCGGAAGGCAUGGCGGGAUUGGCAGCUUGGGCCGUGCUGGAGGGCUUGGAACACAUGCAGGCCCCCAUGGCCCAGGAGUUCGUCAACUCUUCCCUGGCCAAGUUUUACAAGGACCAUGCGAUCAAGAUGGUGCAGAGCUGGACCCACCGCUCUCUCAAGGAGUUCUGCGAUGGUGACUGCCUCAACGGGUUGGAAAGCUUCGAUACGUCGUAUGCAAAGUGCUACUCCUCGGCGAUUUGCGCCGCGGCCCUGUCGAAGGAGAUCCCCUACGACCACUGCAAGAAGACGAUGGAGGCGUUUAUGUUGCGGAGCAUGCGCAUCGAGCAAGCCAUGAUCUGCAGCAAAUCCUCCAUGUCCGACUACUUCUGCGCCGAGGAGAGGAACACCCUCCUUCUGCAGAGUCCGGAGUGCUACAUUCGCUUCAUGACUCCGGUGCUGGACGAGAGGACCUGCUCAGCAGAGUGCGUGGCGGAGUGGAGCGAGGCGCGGUCGCUGCACCCGGGCUGCUCCUCGUUUCUCGAGCGUCAGACGCAGGCAGUCACGACAAUGACUCUGGAGUUCAUGCGCGAGCUGAUCAGUGGCAUGAAGGAUCCGGACAUGCGAAAGGCCUUGGAUCAUCUUCCCAAGCACUUCAUGACCUUCCAACAGGCCAUCGUGGUGGAGAGGUUUGGUGGACCGGAGGUGUUGUCGCUCUCCACCAAGGAGCUGCCGGCCAUCGGUGCUGGCCAAGUCAGGGUCAAGGUGGAGGCUUCGGGGGUAAACCCCUCGGACACCUACCUCCGCCUGGGCCCAUCUGGUCCCUAUGCGGCGGUCGCCCCCGAUGUGGGGAACGUCCGCGUUGGGCAGCGUGUGCAGUACGUUUGCGGCACAGGCACGGGGACGUGUGCUACACACAUGCUAUGCGAUGCUGGAGGGGACCGAGUCUCCUUUGCUCACGGCGCCUGCGUUGGCGUCCCUUGCGCCACCGCCUACUAUGCGCUCAGGUGUCGGGCGAAGGUAGCUGAAGGCCAAAGCGUCUUCAUUCACGGAGCUUCCGGUGCGGUGGGUCUGGCAGCUGUGCAAAUCGCGACGCCUGGCACAGGAUGUUGUUGGGACGUGCGGGCUUUUUGUAGGGGUGUUACAAGGAUUGAAGUCCUUCGGCUGCCGGGUCGUUGGCAGCGCCGGGACAGCCCCUGGCCUGGCUGCGGUGAGCGCGGCCGGGGCUGA